AUGCGGCCCUCACUCAGUGCUGGCCUUCCGAGAGUGAAGCACAACUUCGGCAUUGACCCGCCAGCAGGAUUAUUGGGCAAGUCGCUCGUAUUCUCGACUCAAACCGACAGUAUUUACGUGAAGCUGCUGCCCAAUGAAUUCUCCCAGCUCUCGGCGUUCACUCUCUGCCUGAGGGCUGCCUCAGAGGAGAAGCGAGCCUACAGUCUGUUGUCCUAUGCCACAAAUGUUACGGACAAUGAGUUGCUGUUCUGGCAAGAGAGAGAGAAGCUGUCCCUGUACUUUGGCAGCGCCUCGUUCAGUUUUGCCCUCCCAGAGAACGACGCUCUGCUGAGGCACAUCUGCGUGAGCUGGGACUCCUCAAAAGGAACCAUCACCUUCUGGCUCAAUGGAGUCCGGAGUCUUCGGAAAGUCAGGAACAGCGGUGGGGUGGUCCGAGGCGGUGGCACGUUCAUCCUGGGUCAGGAACAGGACAGGGUCGAGGGCAAGUUUGAGAGCAAGCAGAGCUUCGUGGGGGAGCUGACGGAUGUCCACCUGUGGGACCAUGUCCUGUCGGCAAACGACAUCAAGGCGCUCAGUCAAGGCUGUCACAGCGCUGGGGGUAACAUCAUCAACUGGAACACAGUGCCAUACGAGAGCAGGGGGGAUGUGAAUGUGGAGGAUAAUCAUGAUUGUUGCUUCUAA